AUGGACAGCGUCAAAGUAUCAAAAGCUAAUACUCAUGGCGCUAAAGACAAUACACAAAAUGAAGUUAAUAGGGAAGAAGCCUCAGCUUCCCACGUUGACUCCACUGCGCCUCCCAACGCCGCUUCGCCUAAUUCUUUACCAACUCACACGCAGGUAACGGAUAAUUCUCUACACAUUCAAAAAGUAGAGGCUCAAACACAGCAAGUUGCUGUUUCUGGUUCGAAUAAAGAUAAUUCUAUUUCCCCUUCAACUACUUCAAUUGUUCCUUCUCAACCGUCAACCGUUCCAACGGUUAGUUGGUCUUCAAACUCUUCCUCUGACUGUAAAUCAACAAUGUCAAAUUCUACUAUCUCCGAUUCUACACAAAAACAAACUCUUUCAACUCCUCAAAAAGAGACAACUGCUGAUCCGAAAGGGUUGGUUAACUUUCCAUCUUCCACACCUAUAGACACUUCUCAACUAGGAUCAUUUAAUCAAUUUCCUGUUAAUCCAGAACAGACAACUCUUGGUCAACCUAAUAGUCCUAGUCCUGCAAAAGCAAAACCAUUCGUCUGCGGGACGUGUAAUCAAACAUUUAGUCGACAACAUAAUCUAAAGUCUCACGCUUUAACUCAUUCUCAAGAAAAACCUUUUCAAUGUAACGUAUGUCAGCAUUUCUUUCGUAGGCAACAUGAUUUGAAAAGGCACAUGAAGUUGCAUACAGGUGAAAAACCGUAUCAAUGCAAUUAUUGUAAGAGAAGUUUUGCAAGAUUAGAUGCAUUGAAUAGACAUUUGCGCGCAGAAAGUUUUUGUGGUGGGCCACAGAAAAAACUAUAUCAAGGUUCUGACUCGAAGUCGGCAGAACAAGUACAACAACAGCCACCAGUUCAGCUUUCGCCACAACAAACUACGCCACAGCCACAACUACUGUCUACAUCUCAGCCGCAAUCAAAGACAGCAUUACAAUCAGAUCCAAAAUCAAAUUCAUCGCCAGUAUCGCAAAAACAGGUACAACAACAACAGCAAUUCAAGCAGACUUCUGAGGAAUUACCGAACAAGCAGGUAUCGAAUCUAUCGACAACUUCUCAUUCAAAAAUUGACGUAUCGAGACAAACUCAAGAUUAUUACAAACGACAGCAAAUGAUGAAUCCAGAAUAUCAUUCAUGGCCUCCCCAACUAAAAAAUCAACAACCAUCAUCUAAUCAAUCUAAUGCAUUACAAGCAAAACCAAUUACCUCAAAUAUCAUAAUGCCAAAUCAUCAAAUCAUAUUUCCAGUAGAAACACCCACGUCUAUACCUACCAACGGUGCUGCACCUCAUUAUCAGUUACAAUAUGCACCUAGCCCUGAAUUUAAUGUACAAAUUUCCGAAACACGAAGGGCACCCGAAUCAUUGGUACCAAGUGAACAGCAAGAUAUUGAUGGUCGCAUCAUUCAUCCCAAAUCGACAUCUCAAAGAGACAUGCAACAACUUCUUGAAAGGAAUAAAUACCUAGAGGACCGUGUACGUGAAUUAGAAAAUGAAGUUAUUAAUGAACGCAAAUUACGUGAUCGAAGAGAAUACUUGGAACAGAAGGUCACAGAGCUUGAAAUAGAGGUACGAAUAUGA